AUGGAACACUACAAUACUCUUGGUGAAAAUGUCUAUAACGAGAAGGUCAAGCAUUGGCGUUUCAGAGUGAAAAUCAUAGGGAUUUAUCCUUAUUCCUAUGUUACCUGCAAAGGACCACACCAUGUUUAUGUCCUAGCAGAUGAACAUGGAACCAAGAUGGAGAUGACCAUCUAUGAUAUAUAUGGAGAUAGGUUUAGAGGCCUAGAGAAUGAAAGUCAGAUAAAAUGUGUAGCAACUGGGAAACAUGCUUAUGCCUUCCGGGAAGGGUUUGAAAACAGGGGAGGUCGUCGACAGACCGAGGGGAACUUAUCUGACUUCAGGUACAAUCCGCGCUUGCCGGAGGUAGAUGAUUUCAGAAAAUCGGUCAAUAACCGUGACCCUUAUGUUCGGAAGUACGAAGCUAUAGGGCCUUUGUAA